CUUCUUGUAAUUUGUUUCCUUAUUUCUUUGAGCCGUAGACCUCUAACAUAUCUAGAAAUGUCAUAGAGUUGAUUAGAUAGUCCAGUUCAGUGUGUGCAGACGUACAAGAUCAUACUCCUUCUGGUGAUGAUGUAUCGACCUGUAGGAUUUGGCACCCAAAACAGAAAGCUAAAGCCAUGGAUAAUUGCGCUUCUCAUUUUGUUGUCACUGACAGUGGUAGCACUGAUCAUUGGCCUUCUGACUCACUUCUUAGUGUCUGGUGAGAAAAUGGAAUACUAUCAUGGCACCUUUAAAAUUUCAGAUCUUCAAGUCAAUAGCAAUUCUGGACAAAAGAGCACAUACCAGUUGGAGCGCUUACGGGAGAUGAGCGAAAUUUUGGUGGAUGAAAUAUUUAUUAAUUCAGCCUUGAACAAGCACUAUAUCAAGAACCAAAUAAUCAGACUAACUCCAGAAAUAGAUGGUGUAAAAGCAGACAUCGUCAUGGUGUUCCAGUUCCCUUCUACUGAGCAAAGAACAGUAAGAGAGAAGAAAAUCCAUAGCAUCUUAAAUCAGAAGAUAAGAAAUGAAAGAGCCUUGCCAAUAGAUGUUUCCUCAGUUCAAGUUAAUGCAAUGAGCUCAUCAACAGGGAAGCUAACUGUCCAAGCAUGUUGCGGUAAACGAGCUGUUCCAUUAAUAGUCAAUAGAAUAAUGUCUGGAGAACUUGCAGACAAGGGUGCCUGGCCUUGGCAAGCUUCCCUUCAGCGAAGUAACAUCCAUCAAUGUGGGGCCACCUUGAUUAGUGACAGGUGGCUUGUCACUGCAGCACACUGCUUUAAAAAUAAUGCAAAUCCACGUCAAUGGACUGUUACUUUUGGAACAACAAUAAAUCCUCCCUUAAUGAAAAGAGAAGUAAAGAGAAUCAUUGUCCACGAGCGAUAUCACUCCCCAGCAAGGGAGUAUGACAUUGCCGUUGUGCAGUUCCAUCCUAGAGUCACCUUUUCAGAUGACAUACGCCGGAUUUGUUUGCCAGAAGCUUCUGCAUCCUUCCCACCAAAUUCCACUGUCUACAUCACAGGAUUUGGAGCACUUUAUUAUGGUGGGGAAUCGCAAAACAAUCUACGAGAAGCCAAAGUGAAGAUCAUAAGUAAUGAUGUGUGCAAGCAACCACAGGUGUAUGGCAAUGAUAUAAAAUUUGGAAUGUUCUGUGCUGGAUAUCUGGAAGGAAUUUAUGAUGCUUGCAGGGGUGAUUCUGGGGGACCAUUAGUUAUAAAAGAUCUUAAAGAUACCUGGUAUCUCAUUGGAAUUGUAAGCUGGGGAGAUAACUGUGGUCAAAAGAACAAACCUGGAGUCUACACACAAGUAACUUAUUACCGACGCUGGAUUGCUUCAAAAACAGGCCUCUAACUCACCAUAAAAGUUAAACAAAGAGCAUUGUAUACAGGUCAUACAUGUAUGAGAAUGUGGAUAUUCAGUGAGCUUUGUACAAUGAAGUGAUAUUCAAUGUUUGGAUCUGGCAACAUGAGAUAUAGAACAUGAUUUAUUUUACAAUCAUUUUAGUUAUUCAGUAAUCUAUUGCCAAUUUAUAAGGGAUAUUUAUUUGUAAAGUAAUGGGCCAUUUUACCUGGCUUGAAAAUUAGAGCAGAGAUAUUCAGCUCUUUAAAAUUAAUAAGUUGAAGUAUACGUGAGCUGCAAUACAAACUUUUUUUAAGAUCCCUUGUGAUAUAGUAUGUUUUUGUCAGGAUUUUCCCCUUAAAUGAGAAGCUUUCUGAACUUUCAAGGAGUUCAAGGAAUGUUUACAUAAUUUCCUGUCUCCUUUCCAGAGCUCAUAAGCUUCACAAGUACUUUUUUUUUUUAACUGCCAUGUUCUCCCAGGUUUUCUGCCAUGAGAAAUAAAUUUGCUAUUCUAAAUGCAUUUAGGGGACUUUCCUAAAGGAAAUUAUAUUUCACAAAGUCUGGUGGCAAAUUAAGACAAUAAUCUUCUAACUCAUAGUUGUGAAAACUUUUCUUUUUUGUAAUUUUUAACACGCACAUUCAUACUCAUACACACACAUAUUCUCAUACUACAGAUAUACUAAAAAAUCCAAUUAAUGUUUGAUAUAUGUAGUAAUUAUCUAAUCAAAAAUGUAUUUUGUUUUGAAAAUUUGGUGAAGGGUGAUAGUAGCUUUAUGAGCAGUCUCAGGCCAUUUUAAAAUGACAUUUUAAAGAUGCACUUACAUGUUUUGAUCACCAGGGGGAGAUUUUGUCCUUUAUUAUUGUAAGGUAAAAGGCCUGAAAGUAAUUUGAGAAUACUAAUACCUAAAAGAAUCAAAGAAAAUUGUCUUUCUCCAUAAGAAAGAAAAAUUUUUUCCCUUGUAUUUCUACAACCAAUGAGUUUCAAAAGUUCUUGACCUGAGUAUUGCCAUUUGGAAUUCUAGUUUUUAAAACAAGUUAAAAAAAAAAAAAGAUUUUGAGAACAUACCAAUAAAAUUCACAAAGUUUUCUGAAAAAGAAAAUACACUCCCUAAUUAAA